AUGUCGGGUGUAGUUAAAAACUUUUUUAUCAAAUCGCCCAGCGCUCGGAGCACUGGUUACAACUUUUGUGCCAUUUCUUGCGAGUCUUGUAAAGCAUUUUUCCGGAGAAAUGCCACCAAAUUGGAUGAGUAUAAGUGUCCGUUUGAUGACAAAUGUAAGGUGAAUGUCGUGACCAGAAAAUUCUGCCGCAAAUGUCGACUCCGGAAGUGUUAUGCCGUCGGAAUGAAACAAGUA